GACGGUCACGGCAAAUCGAUUGCCAAAAAAGUUUAGAACCACCUCGAUCCCUCACACCGCCCAGGCCGCCCAUUUGAAGCGCGCGCUGGGAGGGACCAGAGGCCGCUCACCGCCCAGCACACGAGCCACGCCACGCCGAGUCGCCGACGCGACGUGAUCGCUUCUUUUUCCCUUUUUUGUUCAAGUCCGCUCUAGAGCGACGAGACAAAGUGACGGCGGCCGCGGCCAUCUCCAGACUCCGGGAGCGAGAGCCGCCGCAUGGCAGCGCAGGAUGCGCUGCGGUGGCGCUACGGCGACGUGGACGACAGCAACUUCGCCGUGCGCGGCCGCGGCGUGCCGGUGCUCGUGGCGCUCUUCGGCGUCCUCGUCUGCUUCGUCGCCGUCUGCCUCUACCUCCGCUGGGCGUGCCACCGCUACAACGGCCGCCGCGGCUCCGCGGGCGCGCUGCCAAGGUGGUACACCGCGUCGCCGGCCUCCUCCUCCGCCACCGCGCCGGCGGGGGCCGCCUCAUCGGUGGCCGCCGGCCUCGACGACGCCGCGAUUGCGGGCCUGCUCGUGACGCUGUACCGGCCCGCGGCGGCGGACGACGCGGCGCAGUGCUGCCCCAUCUGCCUCGGCGAGCUCGCGGAGGGCGACAAGGUGAAGGCGCUGCCGGUGUGCGGGCACGGCUUCCACCCGGAAUGCGUGGAUGCGUGGCUGCGAGCCCGGGCGAGCUGCCCUCUGUGCCGGGCCUCGCUUCUCGCGGCCGCGGUGACCAUCAGACCACCAGGCGACGACGUCGGCGUCGGCAGCGAAGCUGCUGCUGUCUGAUGAUCAUUCCUCACCGCCGGCGGUGGAAGCUUCCAUCUGUGUACGGCAGUGUAGAAAAAUCUCGCGACGUGGCGUUUCGCCCACUCCAUUUUCUGCAGAAACGAAACAGUGUUGCGUCUUUCCAUGGCAGUUGCGGGAUCGAGAUCGCGGCCGAUGCGAUGACGUUCUCUAGUUACAGGCCACCAUCUCGGAGGGGAGCGCUGCCAUUGCUGGGACGACACUUUCGCUUUCAGUUGCAGAGAAGAUGAGGCCAAGACGGAAUCGAACGCGGUGGUUCGAUGCAGCUCACGCUCCGUGGACGCCGUACGAUGGAUGCGGGAUGCGGCACACCCUGCUGCUGCAGCCUGCAGGGGAUAGAGGCACACCGCACACCUCGGCUCGGUCGCUGCACCGGUCCAAGGUUACCUGGCUGUCGUUCUAGAGCUCUCGGCUCGUCGGUUUGUACAGUUGGCCUUCGUUUGAUUGAGCUCCCGUGAUAGAGGACGGUUCUGCCAUGAUGAUUUGGAUGUCAGCUAAAUAUAAGGGCGUUGAGUUUUGGGAGGUAACCGCAGGCUUGCACUGUUGCAGAUAAUUUUUUUUGUUGGU